AUUCUGACACACCAAUUAAAUGUCCUGCAAUUUAACUCAGUCCUGACACUCUGCUGGAGAUAGCACCAGAUUCCACAAGUUAAGGGAUCAGUCCUGUAAUACUGCCCCCCUUUCUCCUCUUCAGAUGUCAGUUGCAAGUCUGGGUUGUUACCUGGGGUUCUAGUUGUUCAACUGGUUAUAGAUUAGAGGUUUCAAGGACCUCUUCUUGGGUUUGAUUAAUUUACUAGAUUAACUAACACAGCUCAGAGAAACAUUUUACUUACUAGAUCACUGAUUUAUUUUAAAGGAGCUAACUCAGGAACAACCAGAUGGAAGAAACAUAUAGAGCAAGGUACAAAUGAGGGGGUGAGGAACUUCCAUGUCCUCUCUAGACACUCCUCUCCCUGCAUCUUCACGUGUUCACCAACCUGGAAACUCUCAGAACCCUGCCCUUUUGGGUUUUUAUGGAGGCUUUAUUACUUAGGGGUUGAUUGGUUGAAUCAUUUCCAUUAGUGAUUGACUCAAAAUCCAGCCCCUUAAACUCUGCUUUUAAAUAAUAUAAUGUUUUUCUCAUAGUGUAAGAUCUUGACAAUAUACAUCCAUACUUAAGUUUACCUUUUAAAAAUUUGUACUAAUUUUGUAACUAACAACUUUUUUUUCUUCUUCAGGGAAAUGAGGCAAGUUAUCCUUUGGAAAUGUGCUCACACUUUGAUGCUGAUGAAAUUAAAAGGCUAGGAAAGAGAUUUAAGAAGCUUGAUUUGGACAAUUCUGGUUCUUUGAGUGUGGAAGAGUUCAUGUCUCUGCCGGAGUUACAACAGAAUCCUUUAGUACAGCGAGUAAUAGAUAUAUUCGACACAGAUGGGAACGGAGAAGUAGACUUUAAAGAAUUCAUUGAGGGAGUCUCUCAGUUCAGUGUCAAAGGCGAUAAGGAGCAGAAGUUGAGGUUUGCUUUCCGAAUCUAUGACAUGGAUAAAGAUGGCUAUAUUUCCAAUGGGGAACUCUUCCAGGUGCUGAAGAUGAUGGUGGGGAACAAUCUGAAAGAUACACAAUUACAGCAAAUUGUAGACAAAACCAUAAUAAAUGCAGAUAAGGAUGGAGAUGGGAGAAUAUCCUUUGAAGAAUUCUGUGCUGUUGUAGGCGGCCUAGAUAUCCACAAAAAGAUGGUGGUAGAUGUGUGACUCUUUUUUAAAGAGUACCGCCCAACACUUUUGCUUUCUUCUCCAUCUCUGAAGAUCUGCUCAAGACGUCCAGCAAUGCUCUCUGUGUAUUUAAAUGGAAGUAUUUUUCUCUGUGAAGCCACAUUUUCCAACAUGAGCCUCAUGAAGCCAACUAAGUGUUAUUGAACUCUUAUCUCUCAAUAACUCCGUGUAGCACUUUAAAGUCUGAAGGACAGCAACAUGAAAAGAGCAUAUCAGUGUGGUGAAGAAAGGGAAGGGGUUGGCUUUUUAAUUUAUUUUUCUUCAUCUUUUAUAACAAGAAAGUAUCUAUAUAUACA